AUGACCAGCGUGAACCCCACCAUUUCCCGCAUCGAGAGCUCGGAUCUCCCAUUCCUAGCGGAAUUCAUCCACUCCGCCAAGCUUUCUCUAAGCAUCAAUCGUCUUCUCUAUCAGCCAUGGCCCAAUGAGACCGUCCAGAGAAAGCAGUACACUGGAGCUGUAGAAGGUGCAUUUGCCGACGCGUCGAUGGAAUGUUUCAAGGCGACGACUGAAGGUGACUUGAACGCCAUCAUCGGCUAUAUGGUCCUGGCCAAGAAGACAGCCACCAAACAAGACCCAUUAGCACCGGUCCCGGCCAAGUCCGUACCUCCAGAUAAUCUUCCCAGUGCCCCAGAGGGAAUGAACCCGGGUGUCCUGGCUGAAGUAUCCGCGGCGAAUGUCGAGGUAGGCAGGGCUACGGAGAACAUUGACCGUUACGAAUUGAUUUAUAUGUGUGUUGAGCCAUCCUAUCAGCGACAAGGAGUGGGCUCCCGCUUGCUCCAGCUUGGAUUCGACCGGGCGAGAGCAGAGAGUCUCCCGCUUGCUGUCACUGCGGAGGCACCUGCAUAUGGCUUUUUCGAGACCCUGGGUUUCAGAGAGACCAAGCACGUCGAUAUCGAUUUACGCAAAUACGCAUCAGCAAAUAGUGGAUUUGGGAUCUUUAGGCUUACGGGGAUGAUGUGGAGGCCUUGA